AUGCGCAUAGCGAUGGAGCUCUUGUGCGCGGCCGCGGAUGCCAACAUUCUGGAGAUUGGUCGAUCGAUGGCACGGAUGACCCUGGCGGCGGUGAUGGCCACAAUCUCAGCCGAUUGUCCGUACCUCAGGGGUGAUGACUCCUGGACAUUGUUCUUCCGACCUGCAACUCUCUGGCACUUCGUGUCCAUAGCACACGACACUGCCGAGCGCAUCCCACUGGCAGAAGGAGCAGGAGCAAAGGAACGCGCCGACUCUCAGAAGCUUGCCCGUAGCUGGUUUUCCACGGCCUGGGCGAGGGCCUCGGAACGCAGCUCCCUGAAAUGGGAUGGGCCCGAGCUGGCGGUGUGUCCGGUGCAGCUGGAGCAUGGAGCCACGCUCAACUGCCAUGGCCUGGCACUGUCCUCAGCCAACCGCUAUGUGCAGAUCCGGCGGGGCUUUCUGAGAUCCUGCAUGAGCGCGCUGAGAUACGGCUUCGAGGCGACGGGGCAACGCGCGGGAUGCAAACGGCGAACCCUGGUCAUGCUGCCCCACGCAGACCUGGUGGGCCACCUGAUCAAUGGUGUGCAGUGGUUCCUGGCGCUGGUGAGGGCCAUUUUCCAGGAUCAGAGAUCGCGAUCCAACGUCACGUUGGCGGUGAUCGAUCAUGGAUGGAUUUCUGAAGGAUUGGGUCCGGCGCGCUUCGCCACCUCCCACUACGAGUCGCGAGCCAAGCCGGGGCUUUUUUUGAAGUUGCUCCAGGAUCUGUCUGACGAGCCGGUGCUGUUCUUGAGCCAGUUGGUGCAGGACGCGGGGGCGUCCUGCACGUCGGUGUGUUUCACGCGGGCCGUAUGGGGCUUCCCGCAGCUUCACGCACACUCGCUGGAGCACCUGGAGCAUCGGCCGGGCGUGGCAGUCUAUAAAGAGGCCAUGCUGUUCUGGAAGGGUGCCAGCGUUUCACUCCAGCGAGCUUUGUCGACUGACCAGUUCCGACCUCGACCGGGGCUUCGCUUAAGCCCACGCUCUGCGGGCGCAGCGGGGUCGGGCCCCGUCCUGCGGAUUCUGCUCAUUCAGCGCGUGAACACCCGGAGACUGGCAGACCUGGACGGCCUCAUCGAUCAGCUUGAGUCCGACAUCCUGGACCACGGCUUCGUGCCGCGCGUGGUCGUUGCAGGGGAGAAUGGGACGUCGGCGUGGCAGCAGCUGCCAGCGCUGGAUCAGAUCGCCCUCGCUCGUCAGGCCGACAUCAUGAUUGGCCCGAGUGGCAACGAGCUGGGGCUCGGAGCCUUCAUGCGGGAGGAAACCUGGCUGGUCGAGCUGAUGCCUCAGGCUGUGGUCGAUCCAUCGAAGAGGACACAGCCCUUGGUGCGUUAUGAGGUCACAAACUGCGUGGAGCAUGUCAAUGGUAAUCCUGGGAGUCUUGUGGGUCACGUGGCCGUCCGCGCCCACUUGUACCACCUGUGCAUGAACGUGAACAGAGGUCGCAUCUUCGAGGUCCAGGAGCUGGAGAGUCCCCACUGGCGAUUCACUCCGAGGCUUCACGUUGACUUGAACGCCUUCAGGGAAAUGAUGGCCCUGCCACUGAGCGUGAUUCAGGCCGGCGUGGGAUAUCUGGCCCACAACCGCAAGCAGGUUUGCCCGGAGUUCGGUUGCGGAGUUCUGGCAGAGACUUCAGCUCGUGAUGAGGCUCUGCUCGUUCGCAAGGUGACCUCCAUCUGGAUCGCCGUGGAGAGGCCCGGCGGUGUCGACUGGUCCCUAGACGAGGUCUCUCCCAAGAUGGACAGCUCUCCUUUCAAGGAUGGCACGCUGGUCGUGGUCUGCUGUGCCAACGAGUCGCUGAACCCAAACCUCAAUGGGCUUCUGCCAGCGCCUGCCAAGCUGCACACGCGGCUCAGCGACGCCGCCCAGUCCUUGAAGAUGUGGAAGUCAGCGAAGUCGCGCAUGAUGGCCACGAUGGCCUUGAGCCGCGCGGCCUCCGUCUUCGGCAAGCGGAACUCGGAUCGGAGUGACGAAUCCUCACUUUGGGACCGAUCGACGCAGUCGGACCAUCAGGCCAUUGCGGGGCAGUCCGCCCGCGAAACCUCGGGUACGGGCUCGCUUACGUUGAAGUCCGCCAUCAAGAAAGAUGCGGCCAAGAAGAAGCUCCGCUUCGACAUCGAAGGUGCCGAAGCAGAGCUGCCUCUUACGGACCUCCUGCCGCCAGUCAGUGCCGACCCGGAAGCGGCAGACUUUAACAAGCCGAAGACGCCGUGGCUUCUGCAGCACCCAACGGACGCGGAGCCUUUGGGGGACAACGCGAUGAGCCGAGGGACCCAAACCGAGCCGAUGGCCAAGGCAACCUCCCGGCGUUGCUGCAGAUGCGGGCCCUGUGGCACAUGGGUGGACGAGGACGAGGAGACGGAGGUGUGGCUUACCACGUGA